AUGGCGCUUGCCAGCAAUUCCCUCAUCUAUCUUGACAUAAGCAUGAACAAAUACAGCUUUUCCUCGGACCAAUGUGACAUAUUCUCAAAUUCACCAAACUUACACGAUCUUUCUAUGCACAACAACCAGUUGAAUGAUAUGAAUUCUACCGCAUUAGUGACUAUGUUCCGCAAUCUCACAAAACUCCGGAAACUGUAUAUUCAUAACUCAAAGCUGGCAAACCUUCCUCCAAAAAUAUUUGCUAACAAUAGAAUGCUGAGUACGCUUCAACUGCAAUCCAACUACCUGUCAACGUGGGAUCCAAUCGUUUUCCAACCGCUACUGUCAUUAAAAAAGCUGUUCAUGGAUCACAAUAACAUUCGUAUUCUAAAUGAAACGUCGUUUCCGCAGUUCAUAUGGACUAAUCUGACGGAAAUUAAUUUAGCGGGAAACCCCUUUUCCUGUACGUGUGAAAAUUUAUGGUUUCGGAAUUGGAUGCAAUCCACCAAGGUAAAACUCCUACAGCCCCAUUACUACCAGUGUUACGCACCCGAAAAACUGGCAAAAACUCCGUUUCUAGAUUGGCAUCCUACCAAGGCCCAAUGCACGCCGCUGCCAGCAUGGGUCAUAGCCAGCGCCAUCGGAGUCCCUACACUGUUAUUUCUGGCACUCGUGAUAGUGGUGUCCCACCGUUAUCGAUGGUACAUACGCUACUGGUGCUUUACCUUACGUUCGCGUUACAAGCGUCUAGAACCUUUUGAAAAUAACGGUAACUUCGUAUUCGACGCGUUUGUGUCCUACAACUGCCACGAUCGCCACUGGGUUAUACAAAGACUGCUUCCGAAAUUGGAAUAUGACGCUGGUUUCAAGCUUUGUCUUCACGACAGAGAUUUCAUCGUAGGCCAUGACAUCUUGGAUAACAUCGUGGACGCUUUAGAGGUCAGUAGGAAGACGAUUCUCGUAUUGUCCAACAACUUUGCUGAAAGUCAAUGGUGCCAAUUGGAAAUGACGAUGGCUCAGCACAAGCUAUUUGAUGAGAACAAAGAUAUUCUGGUCUUGGUAUUGCUCGAGGACAUCAAACCUGAGAACCUCAGCAACAGACUGACCCUGUUGCUAAGGAAGCAGACCUACAUAGAGUGGCCUCGCGAGGAAGAAGGUCAAGACCUCUUCUGGGAAAGAGUGAAGGCAGCUCUCCAAAGACCCCCCGGAUAUGAACCUUUACAGUGAUACUUUGUUGAAUUUUUAUGGCAUCUUAUAAAAUGAGUGUUAUAUACUAUUAACUGAAAUGCAAUAACAGACAUUAGUUAGUUGAAAUGAUGAAAGUGGAAGGUAUGGAGACGGCUUUCCAGGAAUGUUUUUAGUUGUAACAGUUGAAAACAUAAUACGUGUAUAUUAUAGUCUUGA